AUGCAAAAUGAAGACGAAGAAGAGCUCGGAGCCCCGGUGAAUAUUUAUCACGAACAUCGAAGUCAUUUGGAACAAGAUAAAAAAGCUCGUAUAGAAUUAGAUACUCAUAUGUUAAAAGAUGAGUUAUAUGAUCCAAUUUCUACGUCUGAUUUAAAUACGACUAAUGCCACCAUUAAUAAUAUGAAUAGUAACAAUAUGUUAUGGGGAUUAUGA